CGGGUCAGAGAAAUCAACGCAUUGCGCACAGACAUCAUUUGUUGCUGUUUUUAAACAUCUGAAUUUUCAUCAUAAAUUGUCAGCUUGCAACAUGUCAAUGGACAGCAACGUGGUGCAAAUUUUCAAGGAGGACAAAUGCCCCGCUGCUCACCCCGAAAAGUGUUUACCCAACUUCACAUGGCAGUCUGCUGCUUCAGACGUAUACAACUAUUCGCUGAAUGAAAGCUGGACGAAUGAGCAGGAAACUAUGUCUCCUAUCAUUCCGAUCAUCACUGCUGUGUACUCUGUGGUGUUUGUUGUUGGAUUAGUGGGGAACUGCCUUGUAAUGUAUGUCAUAAUCAGAUACACUAAAAUGAAAACUGCCACCAACAUCUAUAUCUUCAACUUGGCUGUUGCCGAUGCCUUGGUAACCACCACCAUGCCCUUUCAGAGCACAGAUUACCUACUCAACUCGUGGCCAUUUGGAGAGGUGGUUUGCAAGGUUUUCAUCUCCAUUGACUAUUAUAAUAUGUUCAUUAGUAUCUUUACCCUAACCAUGAUGAGUGUGGACCGCUAUGUGGCGGUCUGUCACCCUGUGAAGGCCCUGGACUUCCGCACACCAGUGAAAGCCAAGAUCAUCAACAUCCUCAUCUGGGUGCUGUCUUCAGCUGCUGGGAUCCCUGCAAUGGUGCUUGGGAGCACUCAGACAAACAAUGGCACUACAGAGUGUGCUCUGCAGUUUCCAGACCCCUAUAUCUAUUGGGAUACAUUGAUGAAGAUCUGCGUUUUUAUAUUUGCCUUUGUGGCUCCUCUUCUCAUCAUUACUGUGUGCUACACGCUGAUGGUCCUGCGUCUUAAGAGCGUACGUCUGCUCUCGGGCUCGCGGGAAAAAGAUCGCAACCUGAGACGUAUCACUCGCCUGGUGCUGGUUGUGGUUGCUGUGUUUGUGGUCUGCUGGACACCUAUACACAUUUUCAUCUUGGUCAAAGCUCUUGCUCCUGGAGUGCCAGAGACAACUGCAGUCAUGGCUGCCUAUUUCUUCUGUGUGGCACUGGGCUACACAAAUAGCAGCCUCAACCCCAUCCUAUACGCUUUUCUUGAUGAGAACUUCAAGAGGUGCUUCAGGGACUUCUGCUGCCCUGGCCAGACCACAAGGGACAGGCAUGGUGUUAGCCGGGUCAGGAGCACUCUCCGAGAACACACGUGCCCAGCAGAGGGCAAAGGAGAGGGAGGCCACGGUAGACCCGUAUGA